AUGAAUGAUUUGACAAGUCUUUUGAAUCUUAAAAGAGAAUAGUUUUCUGUCCACAUCAGGAAACAAAGAAAUGAAAACUAAUUUAAAGAAUCAAGAAAACAUUAUAUUUCAUCACUCUUUUCUCAGCAAAUAUAGAUGCAAGAAAUAAGCGCCAAAAUAAGAGACAAAAUAGAAAGAGGGGAAUAACUCAGUGGUGAAUUGUUGAUAAUAAUAGUGGAGAAGAUUGAAGAAGUUUUGGAGAGAGAAAACAAUCUUAAAUUAUUAGAUACUAUUGAUGCAGCUGUCUGGAUGUUGAAGUCUGUAGAUGUAUAAACUUAUGAAGAUGAACUCAGUGAUAAUCAUAAGAUGCAAAGAAUUAUAGAUAUCAUGAUACCACUUUCUUAAGGAUAUUCUACCCACCAUGAGCAAAUGAACUAAUAAAUUAUCAUAUAUGCUGCAAAAUUUCUUAAAUACUGGACAAUGAUGGAUGACAAAUCAAUUUACAACUACUAUGGUGAAGUGGCUGAAACAGUCUAUUUCCUAUUGAAUAAAUAAGAAGUCAUCUUUAUCAAGAGAGGAGUUGAAAUUAUGUUUAACCUCUUCUAAUGUGAUGAUGGAAGAUUGUUGUCCAAAUUGCAUGAACUGCUCAUUUGUGGUCAAAAUCUUGUUAAACCCAUAUGCAUACUAUUAUAAACCUAGCAAAAUCAUGACAUUUAAACAACACUUUAGAAGAUAGUACUACAAACCUUCUUGAUGCAAGAAAGAAAUGGUAUGGAUCAAUACUUAAAUUACACAAAUCAAGAUACUACAUUUUUUGAUAUUUUAAUUGAACUAGUCUAAGAAUCAGAAGAGAAUAGUCGAAAACUCUUUCGUUAUCAAUUACAUUUAAUCCAUCUAAUACUGGAUUACUCUUAGACUGAAAGAGAAUUGCUGUAUGAUCAUUUCAAAUGGAAAAUGAAUUCCUCAGAAUUUAAAAUUAAAAUGUAACAAAAUUGGUUAUUUCAUCAAUGGAGUUCCAUUUAGAAAGUUGCAAAUUAAAUCCAAAAUCACUUAGAGGAAUGA